UUUUUGGUGGUACUAGGGCUUUCGCCAAAGUAGUGUGUCGUGACGGUGAGGCCUUUGCGGACUUCGGCGCGGUCUGCACCGGCGGCUCUCAGCACCUGGCGGGAAAAAGCCGACCUCCGGUAUGCACUCCAGUGCCAGAGAAUAACAGAGGAUCAACAUGUUGUCCAACUUGAGGAAAUUUGUAGUCAGUCAUAAGAAAACACCCAUCCUGCACGUUAAUAAUAUGUGUUGCUCUAAAAUGAGAGCAAGUUUACAAAGACUAAAGUCACAUGUGCCUCUUGGAAGAAACUACAGUUCUCUACCAGGUUUGAUAGGAAAUGACAUCAAAUCCCUUCAUUCUGUCAUCAAUCCUCCCAUAGCUAAAAUCCGAAAUAUUGGAAUUAUGGCUCAUAUUGAUGCAGGCAAAACUACCACCACAGAAAGAAUAUUGUACUAUUCUGGAUACACAAGAUCUCUGGGAGAUGUUGAUGAUGGAGAUACAGUGACAGAUUUCAUGGCUCAAGAGCGAGAAAGAGGCAUUACUAUUCAGUCUGCUGCUGUUACGUUUGAUUGGAAGGGGUAUAGAGUCAAUUUAAUUGAUACGCCAGGUCAUGUAGACUUUACCUUGGAGGUUGAGCGCUGCCUUAGAGUGUUGGAUGGUGCAGUAGCUGUGUUUGAUGCCUCUGCUGGUGUAGAGGCCCAGACUCUCACAGUAUGGAGGCAAGCUGAUAAACACAAGAUACCUCGAAUCUGUUUUUUAAACAAAAUGGACAAAACUGGAGCAAGUUUUAAAUAUGCGGUUGAAAGCAUCAGAGAGAAGUUGAAGGCAAAGCCAUUACUUUUGCAGUUACCACUUGGUGAAGGCAAAGCUUUCAAAGGAGUUGUGGAUGUAGUAAAUAAAGAAAAACUUCUUUGGAAUCCUAAUUCAGAUGAUGGAAAAGACUUUGUGAGGAAUCCCCUUUUGGAAAUGAGUGAUCCUGAGUUGCUUAAGGAGACAACUGAAGCAAGGAAUGCCUUAAUUGAGCAGGUUGCAGAUUUGGAUGAUGAAUUUGCUGACUUGGUUUUAGGAGAAUUUAGUGAAAAUUUUGAUUUGCUACCAGCGGAAAAGCUCCAGACUGCAAUUCGCAGAGUAACACUGGCUCAGACAGCAGUGCCUGUGCUUUGUGGAAGUGCCCUGAAAAACAAAGGUGUCCAGCCCUUGUUGGAUGCUGUUACCGUGUACUUGCCUUCACCUGAAGAGCGCAACUAUGAAUUUCUGCCAUGGUAUAAGGGUGACUUAUGUGCACUGGCAUUUAAAGUUCUUCAUGACAAGCAGCGAGGACCACUGGUGUUUAUGCGCAUUUACUCAGGCAUGAUAAAACCCCAAUUGGCCAUCUAUAAUAUUAAUGGAAACUGCACGGAGAGAAUAAGUCGUCUUCUUUUGCCAUUUGCUGACCAACAUAUAGAAAUCCCUUCACUGACUGCUGGUAACAUUGCUUUGACUGUUGGCCUUAAACACACCGCCACAGGAGACACCAUUGCCUCAUCCAAGUCCAGUGCGUUAGCUGCAGCUCGUCGAGCCGAAACAGAAGGAGGAAAAAAACAUAGACGGAACAAUGAAGCCGAAAGACUUCUUCUGGCUGGGGUGGAGAUUCCAGAACCUGUUUUCUUCUGUACCAUAGAACCCCCUUCGGUGGCUAAGCAGUCAGAUUUGGAUUAUGCAUUGAAAUGCCUUCAACGUGAAGAUCCCAGUUUGAAAGUGAAGCUAGAUGCUGAUUCUGGACAGACUGUCUUAUGUGGUAUGGGGGAGUUACAUAUUGAGAUUAUUCAUGACCGAAUCAAGAGAGAAUAUGGAUUGGAAACCUAUCUAGGGCCUCUCCAGGUGGCAUACCGAGAAACUAUUCUAAAUGCAGUUUGUGCCACAGAUACCUUAGAUAGAACAUUAGGAGACAAACGGCAUCUUGUGACUGUAGAACUGGAAGUAAAACCAGUUGAAACAGCCUCUGUUAUGCCAGUUAUCGAGUAUGCUGGAAGUGUUAGUGAAGACCUUCCGACGGCUUCCCAAGAGGCCAUUGAAAAUGGGAUUCACAGUGCAUGCCUCCAAGGACCAUUGCUUGGAUCCCCAGUCCAAGAUGUGGCAGUUGCUGUACAUUCACUGAUAAUUCAUCCUGGUACCUCCACAACUAUGAUUUCUGCCUGUGUCUCCAGAUGCAUACAAAAGGCUCUGAAGGCGGCUGAUAAGCAAGUUUUAGAGCCCCUGAUGAAGCUCGAGGUUACAGUCACUAGAGAUUACCUCAGCCUUGUCCUGGCAGAUCUGGCACAAAGAAGAGGGACCAUUCAGGAAAUCCAGACUCGUCAGGAAAACAAAAUUAUUACUGGAUUUGUUCCCCUAGCAGAAAUUAUGGGUUAUUCAACUGUGCUUCGAACGCUAACAUCAGGCUCAGCUACUUUUGCCUUAGAACUAUCUAAUUAUGAAGCCAUGAAUCCUCAAGACCAAACUGUACUGCUCGGCCGGCGAAGUGGCUUGACCCAAGUACUUUGAGACUCCGGAGCCCCUAUCAACUGCAGUUUCAUGUAAGUAUAAACAGCCACAUGUGGCUGUGCUAUCAUACUGGACAUACGAGAUCUAAAGUAGAAGAAUGCUCCUGGAGUUAACCAAAGGGAAUGAAUUCCACAGGCUCGAUGGUGAUGAAGACUUCACAGGCAAAGCAGGACUUUGAACUGAAUUCUUUGAACAGAAGACUGCUCAACAUUAUUUCAUCAUUUAAUGCAAAAGUCUUAGUCAUAAUGUCAGUGAUUUAAAGAAAGCAGUGCAUACUGCUUCCUUCUUCAUUUUUCACUUUGUCCAACAAGGUAUAAUAUAUAUGUAUCUAUAGACAUCUAUAGAUAUAUAUAUAAUAUUUAUAUUAUUAUAUAGAUCUUUGACAAGGGGUAAUAUCUAUAUAUCUCUAUAUAUAAUAUCUAUACUUUCACAAGGGGUAGAGAGAAAAUGAAAAAAGAGUACUCAAUAGCUAAAACUUUUACAAAAAUCACAGAUGAAAUAAAAAUAGAGGAGGCUUAUAAGUAACUUACUUUUGAAGGUAGAAAGAUUCUAGUCUUCUAAAAUCUUUGCCAAAACCUUUCUGCUUCAUGAAACCCUGGAUUUCUGGAUUAGACUCCCUUUAACAGAAAACAGUGAUUAAAACUACAUUAAAAGUUUGAUAAAUCUAUU